AUGAGGGCCAUGGCAGCUGUCGGAGGAGACUUGAGCAAAUUGAGAGUGCCAAGCGGCGAGUACUUGGCCGGCCUGAAGCGUCGUGAGAAUCAAACCGUUACCAAGUCCAACGAUGAUGUCGACAAGAAAAACGAGAAUUACAACGAAGUUGAGGCCAUGUGGCAUGCAGCGCGAAGACUUAUAGAAGGUCUUCAUGGAGCUGAGAGCAUCUACUGCUGA